AUCUCACUUCCGGGUGCCGCAGGUCCCGCCCCGCCGCGGCGGCCAAGCGCGACAUGGAGCGGCAGGUGCUGCUGAGCGAGCCCGACGAGGCGGCGGCGCUGUACCGGGGCCUUAGCCGCCAGCCCGCGCUGAGCGCCGCCUGCCUGGGCCCGGAGGUCACCACGCAGUACGGGGGCCGCUACCGGACGGUGCACACGGAGUGGACCCAGAGGGACCUGGAGCGCAUGGAGAGCAUCCGAUUCUGUCGCCAGUACCUGGUGUUCCAUGACGGGGACUCAGUGGUGUUUUCAGGACCCGCGGGCAACAGUGUGGAGACCAGGGGAGAGCUGCUGAGCCGAGAAUCUCCUUCAGGCGCCAUGAAGGCUGUGCUGCGCAAGGCUGGGGGCACAGGCCCUGGGGAGGAGAAGCAGUUCCUGGAGGUCUGGGAGAAAAACCGGAAGCUCAAGAGCUUCAAUCUGUCAGCGCUGGAGAAACAUGGGCCCGUGUACGAGGAUGACUGCUUUGGCUGCCUGUCCUGGUCACACUCAGAGACACACUUGCUGUACGUGGCUGAGAAGAAGCGCCCCAAGGCUGAGUCCUUCUUUCAGACCAAGGCCUUGGACAUUGGUGGCAGUGAUGACGAGAUGGCCAGGCUGAGGAAGCCAGACCAGGCCAUCAAGGGAGAUCAGUUUGUAUUUUAUGAAGACUGGGGAGAAAACAUGGUUUCCAAAAGCACCCCUGUGCUCUGCGUGCUAGAUGUUGAGAGUGGCAACAUCUCUGUGCUCGAGGGGGUCCCUGAGAGUGUGUCCCCUGGACAGGCAUUCUGGGCCCCCGGAGACACAGGCGUGGUGUUUGUGGGCUGGUGGCAUGAGCCCUUCCGGCUGGGCAUCCGUUUCUGCACCAAUCGCAGGUCAGCCCUGUUCUACGUGGACCUCACCGGGGGGAAGUGUGAGCUCCUCUCGGACGACUCUGCGGCGGUGUCUUCCCCCCGGCUCAGCCCAGACCAGUGUCGCAUUGUCUACCUGCGGUACCCAUCUCUUGUCCCUCAUCAUCAGUGUAGCCAGUUGUGUCUGUAUGACUGGUACACCAAGGUCACCUCGGUGGUGGUGGACGUCGUGUCUCGGCAGCUGGGAGAGAACUUCUCUGGGAUCUACUGCAGCCUUCUGCCUCUGGGAUGCUGGUCAGCUGACAGCCGAAGAGUGGUUUUCGACUCAGCUCAGCGCAGCCGGCAGGACCUGUUUGCUGUGGACACCCAGACAGGCAGUGUGACAGCCCUGAUGGCUGGGGGGUCCUGUGGAAGCUGGAAGCUGCUCACAAUCGACCGGGACCUUCUGGUGGCACAGUUCUCCACGCCCAGCCUGCCCCCAAGCCUGAAAGUUGGGUUCCUGCCUCCUGCGGGGAAGGAGCAGACAGUGCAGUGGGUGUCUCUGGAGGAGGCUGAGCCCAUUCCUGACAUCUCCUGGGGCAUCCGGGUACUACAGCCACCCCCAGAGCAAGAGAACUCACAGUACGCUGGCCUAGACUUUGAAGCGAUCCUUCUGCAGCCCACCGACCCUCCAGAUAAGACCCAAGUGCCCAUGGUGGUCAUGCCCCAUGGGGGCCCCCACUCAUCCUUUGUCACUGCCUGGAUGCUGUUUCCAGCCUUGCUAUGCAAGAUGGGCUUUGCAGUGCUACUAGUAAACUAUCGCGGCUCCACGGGCUUUGGCCAGGACAGCAUCCUCUCUCUCCCCGGCAAUGUGGGCCACCAGGAUGUGAAGGAUGUCCAGUUUGCAGUGGAGCAGGUGCUCCAGGAGGAACGCUUUGACGCAGGCCGUGUGGCCCUUAUGGGCGGUUCCCACGGUGGCUUCCUCUCCUGCCACCUGAUUGGUCAGUACCCGGAGACCUACGGUGCCUGCGUGGCCCGGAACCCUGUGAUCAACAUGGCCUCCAUGAUGGGCUCCACUGACAUCCCGGACUGGUGUGUGGUGGAGGCCGGCUUCCCCUACAGCGGCGACUGCCUGCCAGACCUCAGCGUGUGGGCGGAGAUGCUAGACAAGUCGCCCAUCAAGUACGCCCCCCAGGUGAAGACGCCGCUGUUGCUGAUGCUGGGCCAGGAGGACCGGCGCGUGCCCUUCAAACAGGGCCUGGAGUACUACCGUGCCCUCAAGGCCCGGAACGUGCCCGUCCGGCUCCUGCUGUACCCCCAGAGCACCCACACGCUGUCGGAGGUGGGUGUGGAGUCAGACAGCUUCAUGAACGCAGCGCUCUGGCUACACACGCACUUGGGCCGCUGAAGCUCCCUGCACAAGCCAGUUGGCACAGGCCGUGUUGCUCUGGGAGAGCGCUGGAGUCUGACAGAGCGGGACAGACUUGGGUUCCAGACUCCACGGCCGGGCGAGCUGCGGAGUGUGGGCUAUGUAGGCAUAAUAAAUGAGCGCACACAGUC